UUUUGAGGAGGUCCCUAAAUUGUUGAGUACAUAAGAGGCUCCCUGUGUGCGACCCUCUCAGCAUUCAAGACCAGAGUGUGAGGGGAUCCGACUAUUGUAUGUUUUUCUGUGUGUUGUCUCCAGCGAGGGAGAGAAACAGAGAGAAAGAAAGAGCAGUGGCAGCAGCAGCCUUCUCUUCAACUCGAGCCAUUUUCUCCUGCGUGAAAUCAGAGAAGGAUCAGAAGAAGGGUGCAGAGCGUUCAUCAAGUGGUGGAGCGGGCACAGUCAUCAUGGCCUUGUCCCAGGAGCGGAGUGCGUGUCUGGGGCUCUGGGUUCUCCUUUUGCUUGGUGCAGGCAUGGAGGAAGUUGUGGAGGGAUGUAGCUGCCACCCAGCACACCCACAGCAGCUAUUCUGCAGUGCUGAGAUUGUGAUAAGAGCAAAGAUCUCCGGAGAGAAGAUUGUGUCGCCUAGCAACAGCUCCUCACCUUACAUGAAGAUGAUCCAGUAUGAAAUCAAAAUGAUCAAGAUGUUCAAGGGUUUUGACAAGGCCAAGGAUAUUCAGUACGUGUACACCCCAGUCUUCUCCUCACUGUGUGGAGUCAAACUGGACUCCAACAAUAAAGCAGGGUAUUUGCUUUCAGGAAGUAUGUGGAGUGAUGGGAGAAUUUCCAUUGGUCAAUGUGACCUCGUAGAGUCUUGGGACAACUUAUCCGUGUCACAGAAGAAGAAUCUCAACUACAGAUACCAGAUGGGCUGUGAAUGCAGAAUCAACACCUGCUACACAGUGCCGUGUGCAUCAACAGGAGAAAACGAGUGCUUGUGGACGGACUGGCUGCUGGAUAACAGCCUAAAUGGAGAGCAGGCUCGGCAGUAUGCGUGUAUCCGCCGCUCUGACACAACAUGUAGCUGGUACCGGGGUGGACCCCCGCCCGAGAAAGACUUCCUGGACCUGGCUGACCCUUGACCUGUAGUUCUGAUGUUCAAUGUACUCCAUUUAACUCCUGCAAAGUCCUGUGAAAUGUUUCCUGCUUUUGCUUAUGUAGAUCAAAUGUGGCAUGCAAAGUAGCAACUGAUUUUGGUAAAAGAAAUUGGCUGAAUUGUUUUUUUCACAGAAGGGAGUUUAACCCAAUUUCUGUUAGCGGAGUUCAGGAAAAUUGUUGUAAGCGGCAUGGGCUUUUGAAAUUCCCCUGUCAUUUCCUCUCAUAUUCUACUUCACCUUCAAUUUUUGACAAAAUAAUAUCAGCAGCAGAGCAAAUGAUUCACCCCACAGUGAAUCCUUUCUUUAUUUCCGAUGGCCUGAAGGUAAAGUAAUCACCUUGAAAAACACUUAACACUUCAUUUUCGUUGAUGCAUACCUUACAAAAGGCUAUAUAACCAUUUGCGGUAUGCAUUUACUGAAGGUAUGAAUAAGUUGGUCAUUUACUUAAAAACUAUAGGACGACAAUAACAGAAAAAAUCUGCCAACUUCUGCCAUAAAGUUUACUUCACACACUGUAAUCAAGCAUUCCCAAUUGUUUGCAGGUUGACUGCAGCACUGCCACACAUUCCACACAUUCUGAUGUUGCUUUUUAUAUUAUCGAAUAAUAGUCCCAUGCAAAUGAAAAAGCACUGUAUAUACGUAUGUAAAGCAAAGCAACACCAGGCAUUCUCCAAUUAAUAAUAAUUUGAUAAAGUUUGACACAUUAUAUGUGACUAUAAUUUUUGUACAUCUAAAUCAUCACAGUUUAUAAUCUCAAACGGCUGAGAAUGUAAAUAUUGUAAUUGAGUAAAAAUUAACAUUUGAAAGGCUAACCCAUUCUUGACUUAUAGCAUACAAGUUGUUAUCUUGAGGUUUUGUGUGUUUAGUUUCCUUAGUUGUACUAUUUCCUUUGCCAAAAAAAUCUAAUCCAGCAAUUUAACAACAGCACUGCCACCUGUAGAAGCCAAGCCCCUGCUCCCUAGGAGAAGUGAGGUAACAGGACACAGUUCAAUUCACUGUUCUUGAACUCCUAAAAAAACAGGAAAUGGAUUCUCCUCAAUAUACAAGUUCAAGAAAAGAUAAAGAUUAAUCAACAAAAAAGAGAAACAACUGAUAUUCAUGAAUAAGCUAUAAUCAGUGAUUUAAUAGGCUUUAUUUAAUAUGAUGACUCAACAUUUAUUAAAACACCCAACUCUGAAUUGACCCCUGUCUUGUUACUAGAUUACUUCACUAAAAUAAUACAGAUUGAAAUGCAUUACCACUUGCUAUCUUCAUGCAUGAGCCCCUAUUCAAAAGUCAUGUAAGCAUCACAUUCAACGUUAACAUACAUAAAUGUUACCUGCAUAAUACAGUGCAGUGAAUUUAAACUAUUUGGAAAUAUGUCAAUAAUUAAAUUAAGGCUUUUAUGACAUGAAAUGAUAAUAAUGCAUAAUAACUGUAUAGCUUUAGUGAAGCGCUAUCAAACAAUUUCACGUUUGUUUUAUACUGAAAAAAAUUGUUUGGGUUUGUAUUUAUGUCUCUGUCUAUAGAGUUUUCUAUUUCCAUGUACCAAAAAAGAUUGUAUAUAAAAUGUCUCAAUGUAA